GAAUCAUUGUCGAAAAAUGAAUUUCUGUUUGUAAAAGAAGUAGUAGGGGAUCCUAAGAGGUUCGCUUAUAAAAGAGAGCGAUCGUAAAGCGAGAUCGACAGUUUGUUGGUAAUUCGUUGAUAAAGGUGUUUAUAUUUUAUAUUCGUCUUAAGGAACAAGAACAAAAUGUCAGUAAUGGAGCCGGAAAUAAUUGCCGGAUCUGUUGUGGAAGCUUCAGAUAGUGGUUUAUCGACAUUAUCAAUGUUCUUCGUUCUUCUACUACCAACACUCAUUCUCUAUUACAUCUAUUUCCGUAUUUCUAAUAAACAUAUCAUAGAACUCGCGGAUAAACUUCCUGGACCUAAGGGAUAUCCUAUUAUUGGUAGCGCUUUGGAAUUUCUUGGAAGUCCCGAUGCAAUAUUUAGUAAAGCAAUGAAAUAUGCAGAAGAAUAUGACCAUUUAGCUAAAUUUUGGAUUGGACCGAAGCUCCUUGUCUUUCUGAUUGAUCCACGUGACAUUGAGGUAAUUUUGUCCAGCCAUAUUUACAUUGAUAAAUCCACGGAAUACAAAUUCUUCCAACCAUGGCUCGGAAACGGGCUUCUCAUAUCUUCAGGACAAAAAUGGCGUGCCCAUCGUAAACUAAUAGCACCUACUUUCCAUUUGAACGUUUUGAAGAGUUUCAUCGAUCUCUUUAAUGCAAAUUCGCGUGCGGUUGUUGAGAGAAUGCGGAAAGAAGACGGCAAAGUAUUUGAUUGUCACAAUUACAUGUCCGAGACAACGGUUGAGAUACUUCUUGAAACGGCUAUGGGCGUAUCGAAGUCUACACAGGGACAAAGUGGAUUUGAAUAUGCGAUGGCCGUAAUGAAAAUGUGCGACAUACUUCAUCUUCGACAUACCAAAGUUUGGCUGAGACCCGAUUGGCUCUUCAAUCUUACCAAGUAUAGUAAAGAUCAGAUUAAACUUUUAGAAAUUAUACAUGGACUCACGAAAAAAGUGAUCCAACGUAAGAAGGAAGAAUACAAGAGCGGUAAACGUAAUAUUAUUGAUACCACCGGAUCUAAAACGUUCGAAAAGGUUACCACGGUUGAAGGUCUGUCUUUCGGUCAAUCAGCUGGUUUGAAGGACGAUCUCGAUGUCGACGAUAAUGAUGUUGGUGAGAAGAAAAGACAGGCUUUCUUAGAUCUCUUGAUCGAAGCUGGUGAAAGUGGUGUGAUAUUAAAUGAACAGGAAGUCAAGGAACAAGUAGAUACCAUUAUGUUCGAGGGACAUGAUACCACAGCUUCCGGAUCCAGUUUCUUCCUGACAAUGAUGGGUUGUCAUCCUGACAUUCAAGAGAAAGUAAUCCAAGAACUUGAUGAGAUCUUUGGAGAUAGCGAUAGACCUGCCACUUUCCAGGACACUUUGCAAAUGAAAUAUCUUGAACGUUGUCUCAUGGAAACUUUACGCAUGUAUCCGCCAGUACCGAUCAUUGCUCGUGACGUCAAGACAGAUAUAAAACUUGUUUCUGAUAAUUACACUAUACCAAGAGGAUGUACUGUCAUCAUUGGUACAAUAAAAACCCACCGAUUAGAAUCGAUUUAUCCAAAUCCAAAUGUCUUCGAUCCGGACAACUUCCUUCCGGAAAGGACAGCCAACAGACAUUAUUAUGCAUUUAUACCAUUCUCCGCUGGACCUCGUUCUUGCGUUGGCCGAAAAUAUGCCAUGCUCAAACUAAAGAUUCUACUUUCAACGAUUCUAAGAAACUUCCGUGUAAAAUCGGAAGUCAAAGAGGAUGAUUUUAGGCUACAAGCUGAUAUUAUUCUCAAGCGUGCCGAAGGAUUCCCUGUCAGAUUGGAACCGAGGAAACGUGUUAGCGUUCAGGCUUAAUUAAUAAUUAAUACAUUUAAUCUUCUUUUUAUCUUAUUAAGAUUUGGAUAUGUUAAAAAAAAAAAAAAAAAAAAAAAAAAAAAAAGUAAAAUAAAAUAAAA